CAUUGAAACAGCUGACGAAGGACGAGAAAGACACAGGCCUUAGAAAGCAGCAAAGAAAGACUUUUUUCUACAAAAUUCUGCGUAAUGGCAGGAGGAUCGAGGGCUGGACACAGUCCAGAACACUCCAGAGACAGGCAUCACUCUGCCAGUGCCUGUGAUUCGGAGACUUGUGUAAACCUGCGCGUCAUCAACUAUGAUGACACUGUGCGCAGACUUGACCAUUACUAUGGCAUUGUUAAGCGACAACUGCUACAGAACCAGAGUGUUACCCUGGGAUUGUUCCCAGCCUGUAGCAUGGAGAAGCGGGAAGCAGAUAUCAGAACUAGUAUCUACUGUGCUGCUUCUAUAUGGAGUCUUUAUCAGUCAUACAGACGUAUUGAUGAUGACCGAGGUAAAGCAUACGAACUAGGCCAGUCUUGUGUCAAGUGUAUGAGGGGCAUUCUCAUGUGCUGGAUGCGGCAGAGUGAAAAAGUAGAGAUGUUUAAGCAGGGACAGCAGCCAAAAUAUGCCCUGCAUGCUAAAUUUAAUCUUCUGACAGGAGAGGAAGUUAUUUCAACGGAUGAUUACGGGCAUCUGCAGAUUGAUAUUGUUUCCCUGUACCUGAUUUUCCUGGUCCAGAUGAUUAAUUCAGGUCUACAGAUUAUAUACACCAUGGAUGAAGUUACUUUUGUCCAAAAUUUGGUGUACUAUGUUGAGAGAGCUUACCGUACACCCGAUUUUGGUAUGUGGGAAAGAGGAAGCAAGUACAACAAUGGAACACCUGAACUUCAUGCCAGUUCAAUUGGUAUGGCGAAAGCUGCAUUGGAGGCCAUCAAUGGAUGCAAUCUCUUUGGGGAGAAAGGAGCAUCUUGGUCAGUCAUCUUUGUUGACAUUGAUGCACAUAACCGCAACCGUAGCAUCUUUGAAACACUGUUACCAAAAGAAUCCAGUUCUAAGAGUGUUGAUUCUAGUCUUCUUUGCACUAUAUCAUUUCCUGCUUUUGCUACCCACGAUCAGAUGUUAUACACUACGACCAGAAGUCAGAUACUUAAUACUCUCCAAGGCUCUUAUGGCUUCAAAAGAUUUCAGCGUGAUGGGUAUGGCACGGUUGUAGAAGACAAGGAAAGGAGGUACUACCAUGCCUCAGAAACAAAGGAAUUUGAAAAUAUUGAAUGUGAGUGGCCCCUCUUCUACUUGUUCAUGAUCCUUGAAGGCAUGUUUAAAGACUCCCAAGAGCAAGUGGAGCAGUAUAAGGCAAAACUGAGUCCACUGCUCAAGAAAGAUAGAUGGGGAGAUGCUGUAGUGCCAAAGUACUACUUCAUACACAAGAACCAUGUAAAUGCAGAAAGACGUGAUCCAGGAUCUCAGCCUCGGCAACCCAGCUCAGAGGGCACUCCUAAGAAUCUCUUCCUCUGGGGUCAGAGUGUUUGGAUAAUAGCCUCCUUAUUGAUGGAUAAACUCCUUCACAUCAACGAACUGGACUUAAUCCGACGUUAUUUACCCUCCUAUAACCGUCCUCGGAAAGGCGGGCGCUAUUCAGCAUUCCAGAGCAAGACCAGCAAAGGGACAGCAAGUGAUCUGGUGGUGCAAGUUGUUUUGAUUGCAGAGAGCAUGCGUUUGCAAGCAAUGAUGGCAACAUACGGCAUCCAGACUCAGACACCUCACGAAGUAGAGCCCGUCCAGAUAUGGCCACCUCGAGAUCUAGUCAAAGUAUAUCAAAAUCUUGGCGUAAGUGAAAAGAUUGGAGUCCAUGGCAGACCGCUACGUCCCAUUGGUGCAUUGGGAACCAGCAAGGUAAUUCUAAUAUUUAUGUGUGUGUGUGUGUGUGUGUGUAUGAUAUAUAUGAUAAAUGUAUAAUUAUAUAGAUAGAUAGAUAUAGAUAUAUAUGUAGAAAUAUAUAGAUAUAUAUCUUACAUUUAUUUUUUACCCUGCAGAGAUGUGCAUUUCCGAGAGUUGUUAGAUCUGUUGGCCAUGUUGAAAACAGGUUACUGUGAUGGACUGAAAAUUCGAACUGGCAGACUUCAGAAUCUCAUUGCGUCUUCUUGUAUUGAGCAUCUGGACUUCCUGAGCACACUGGAUAUCGACUUGGAUAUCAGUCCCUUUGAGCAACUACAACAUGCCAGCAUUGGAUAUCAGUCUCUUACAGAUGUUCCAACGGCAAUAAAGUACUCGGAGGAUUCCAUGAGCUUUAAGGAUAUGGCAUUGCGACCCACAGAGGAAGUUAUAAAUGUUCUGAGGUCGGUGUCUACACUUCACGGCCAAACUCAACUCCUAGGAAUUCUGCUCCGUAGAGAAGGCCAAAACUUCCAAAUAGAUGGUGUCUCAGUGAGUGAUCGUGUGCGUUCCCUGUUUCGUCAGUCUUCCUCUCUUCGGUAUUGGGCUGUGGUUCGGGAAUGCACUGCAUUGCUAUCAAAGGAAGUGGAGUCAAUAUCACCUUACAUCACCACUGUACUAGUAUCAGGAAAGCAGCUGACGGUUGGCUAUGGUGAAGAUGAGAUUAUCUUGGAUAAACCUGUCCAACCAGGAGAAAUCCAUGAUCUGUUCUACUCUCCAGCUCUGCAGGCACACAAUGUGGUUCAGGCAGUGCUUCAACAAGAAGUUGUCUUAUACUGUGGCAAGCUGAUAGCAACACAUCCUCAGCUUUUCCUUGGUAUUCUCAACAUUAGGGUUGGAUGGGUGAUCAAGGCAAUGCAGUAUUACUUACAUGAAGUUAGAGGGACAAAAGAUGUUGUUGAGGCUCUUGCUCCCAACGAAGUUAGACGUCUUGUUGUCAAGGUCCUUUCUCUCGAUGAUUGGGCACUUAAAGAGAAAUUAACUCCCCAGCAAAUUAGGGUGAUUGAUGGAUGCCUUGGAAGAACUCCUAAGAAGUUUUAUGAGAAGGUUUGGCACAUCCUUGUCAAAACUCCCGGAGGUGUUCGUCUUGGUGAUCAGACCUUGCCUCAGCAGCCCACUCUCUCCGAGAUGUCUCACAGUGAUCUCAACUUUGCCCUAACUGUUCAGUCUCUUCUGAAUCGCAUUCAACACCCAGAAUACCGACAGAUUGUUGUAGAGCUUAUCUCUGUCAUUGCCACAAUUCUGGAGAGGAAUCCUGAGCUUAAAUUCACACAUGCAGUGGAUUUGGACCAGAUUGUAAAAGAUGCUUUCAAGAUGUUCAUGAAGGAUCUUGGCAAGGAAGUUACAGAGGACAUUUCUCAUCUCUACACUGUAUCUGAAGUUGGACUGAAGAGCUACCUUGCACGUGCUGUAGUGAACUUCAUGCUGAAGGGAGACAUAAAAACUAAUGCUGAAGAGGGUCAGACCUUCUGUCAGGUAUCUUAGUGUUUUUUCAUCUGUUUGUUUGUUUGUUUUUUUGCCUCAGAUAGAGUUGCAUUGACUGUUGUUUUCCUUUCUUAUAGGAAGAUGCAAUAGUUUGGAAUUCAAUGGAGUCUCAGCUUUUGUUUUGAUUUAGUUUUUAUUAUACAGUACGGAUAGUAUAUGACAUUAUGAUAUGAUUGUUUAAUUACUACUUUGUGAUUUUUUGUGAUUGUACAAAAAGAUUAUACUUUUGAACUAUUUUUUAUUAGGUUUAUAUAUGUUGAUUUAAUUGGAUCAUUCAUUUAUGUGUAUACAGUAUUAUUAUUGAGUUGUAUAUGCUGCAGUUUUUUAGUCAGAAGUCAAUAUUGUUUUGUCCUUUUCUGUAUGAAUUUGUAUACAGAGAAGUAACAUUUCAUUUUUCCUUUGUGGUGCUGUUUUCUUUGUUGAUGUAUUACAGAAAUUAUUCAAUUUUUGUUUUUCAUUAAAGCUGCACAAAUGUAUAGAAAAAAAAGUAUCACAGAAUAUGCAAGAAGCCUGUCAUAGUAUAUAUAUUAGAGAUUGCUUUCAUGAAAUUACCUUUCAUGGUUGACAUAUAUGGCAAUUAAUCAUGGUAUUCUUAAGCAGAAUUCAGAGCUAAAGAUAAAGAUGAAUUACUUAAUUAAAAAGUAAAAUAAAGGUAACCAUACAAGUCAGUUUGCUUACUGACGCAAAUUGCAUUAUAAACAUAUCUAGUCAUUUCCAUUUUUGUGUAUAUAGAUAUUCCGUGAAUGAGCAAUUUAGGUGAUUGAAAUUGUUAUAAAUAAUUAAUAAAAUAAAGGACUGUUGCAGUUAUCUUUUCAAAGAAUUAUUUCAAGUUCUGUAUGCCCUUAUGUUCCUCAUUCAUUUUAAUCAAGUACGACUUUGUUAUAUUGUUU